AUGGAUGAGCUACUAUCAUCUCUAAUUAACUUUCAAGUAAAUGAAGAGUUAAAAAACAGUAGUAAUAUUAGUGAUAGAUUAUUAUAUAAAGUUUGGAAUAAUAUAUUUUUAAGAAAUGAAAUUCAUAAACAUAUUUUAAAGUUUAUUGAACAUAGUGUUGUAGAUUUUGAUAGAUAUUACCAGUUUAAAGAUAAAUCAUAUAUAAAAACACUUGAGUGGGAUGGUGAUACACUACCAGAUAAAAAUAAAUUUCCACCAUUUUUGACAAAUUUAUAUUUGUACCGUUUUAAUAAAAUGUUAACUCCAACAACUUUACCAAAUACAAUUACUACACUUACAUUCGGUAAUGUUUUUAACAAAGUAGUUAAACCCGGCACAUUACCAAAUAGUCUCACAACACUCACAUUCGGUUAUGAUUUUAACCAAGUAGUUCUACCAGGUACAUUACCAAAUAGUCUCACAACACUCACAUUCGGUUAUAAUUUUAACCAAGUAGUUCCACCGGGCACAUUACCAAAUAGUUUCACAAAUCUCACAUUCGGUGAGUGUUUUAACCAAGUAGUUCCACCCGGCACAUUUCCAAAUAGUCUCACAACACUCACAUUCGGUGAGUGUUUUAACCAAGUAAUUCUACCCGGCACAUUACCAAAUAAUCUCACAACACUCACAUUCGGUGAAGGUUUUAACCAAGUAGUUCUACCCGGCUCAAUACCAAAUAAUCUCACAACACUCACAUUCGGUGAUUAUUUUAACCAAGUAGUUCUACCCGGCACAUUACCAAAUAGUCUCACAACACUCACAUUCGGUAAUAAAUUUAACCAAGUAGUUCCACCCGGCACAUUACCAAAUAGUCUAACAACACUCACAUAUGGUUAUUAUUUUAACCAUGUAGUUCCCCCGGGCUCAUUACCAAAUAGUCUCACAACACUCACAUUUGGUAGUGGUUUUAACCAAGUAGUUCCACACGGCACAUUACCAAAGAGUCUCACAACACUCACAUUCGGUUAUUAUUUUAACCAAGCAGUUCUACCCGGCACAUUACCAAAUAGUCUAACAAUACUCACAUUCGGUUAUGAUUUUAACCAAGAAGUAAUACAUGAAACAUUACCAAAUAGUCUCACAACACUCAAAUUCGGUUAUAAUUUUAACCAAGAAGUUCUACCCGGCAUAUUACCAAAUAGUCUUACAACACUCACAUUCGGUCAUUAUUUUAACCAAGUAGUUCUACCCGGCACAUUACCAAUUAAUCUCACAACACUCACAUUCGGUGAUUGUUUCAACCAAGUAGUUCCACCCGGCACAUUACCAAAUAAUCUUAAAACACUCACAUUCGGUGAUUAUUUUAACCAAGUAGUUCUACCCGGCACAUUACCAAAUAGUCUCACAACACUCACAUUCGGUGAAGGUUUUAAACAAAUAAUUCUACCCGGCACACUACCAAAUAGUCUUACAACACUCAAAAUAGGUUAUUAUUUUAACCAAAUAGUUCUACCCGGCACAUUACCAAAUAGUCUUACAACACUCACUUUCGAUUAUCGUUUUAACCAAGUAGUUCUAUCUGGGAUAUUACCAAAUAGUCUCACAAAACUCACUUUCGGUCGUGAUUUUGACCAAGUAGUUCCACCUGGGACAUUACCAAAUAAUCUCGCAACACUCACAUUCGGUUAUUAUUUUAACCAAGUAAUUCUACCCGGUACAUUACCAAAUAAUCUCACAACACUCACAUUCGGUUAUAAUUUUAACCAAGUAGUUUUACCUGGCACAUUACCAAAUAGUAUUACAAAACUCACAUUUGGUUAUGGUUUUAACCAAGUAGUUCCACCCGGUUUAUUUAAAAUUAAUUACAGUCAUGAUUAA